AUGGAAGGGUCUCGACAUGAUAUCAACGAGCUGCUGACUCGUGGCUUUUUCACGACGACGAGAGGGAAGAGCCCAGCUCCUCCUCCGAGAGCUCCGCGAUCCUAUCUCGAAUCCGAUUAUGAACCGCAGCACGAGCGCAGCACGAGUCGAGUUAGUAGACAACGAGGGCCUCGACCCACAGUAGAAGAUGAAGCAGUAUCACUAGCUCGAGAAUCUUCUGCUACCUGCGUGCCCACCUCCUACGAGCCUCCCUUUCGAGGACCCAUCGACCAGGUCCCCAUUAUACUCGACGUUCAUGAGGCUCCCGGUGAGGUUGCAAGCCUCCACGCAGAGCCGGAUAGAGGGGAAGCGGGUAGCAAAUAUGAGAGGCGAUUUGUGCUACUCCCUCGAUCUGGAUCGGACUCGUCAGAAUCGGAGGAUGAAGUUAGGAAGCGCAAAGAUAGAGGUAAGGGCGAAGCCAUGAAGGAUAAGUUCCUGGGGAAAGGAGACAACGAUACCCCGCAGCCAUCUGUUCAACGACGAAGGAGCAGGCAAGACUUGCCGGCUCUUCAGACAAAGCUACCCAGAGAAUUGCCACCACAAUAUCGACGAAGCGUUUCUGAGACGCCGAAGGCUCAAACUCCUACUCCACGACCUGCUGGAGAGGCCUUCCUCUCACCUGAUGUCUCCAGAGGCAAGGGGGAUCAUUUCAGCUCAUCUGCACCACGAUACCAAUCGGAGAGCUUUGGAGGACGAGCUACGCCUGCCGGAAAUGACAGGCGGCCAAGCUCGCGCUCAGGGACGCCGUCUUUCGAAAAGAGGCACAGCGGAGGGCUCGAAGCCCAUUCUCGAUCGCGACGCAACACCAAUGACAAGUUGACUAGGCCACAACAGCUGGCAGAAGGAUAUGAACCUCGACGGUCAGGAAGACGCAGUCCGGGAUAUUUUGACCGGCCGACAACAAGCCAUUCUUCCAAAUCUUCCCGCCAUUCCAAUACGAGGUAUUCUAGCAGUAGUGAUGAUCUUGCGGAUAGUGAAUCGGAUCAAGAACGCGAAUACGGCAGCCGUGGCUCGCGAGGUUCUCGAGGCUCCCGAGGCCACAGGUCACCUUACCCGGAUGAUGACUACGAUCAUUCUCGGUCUCCAUCAAGAUCCAAUGUAUAUCCUUCUAAUAAGAAGGCUCACUCUAAACUUGCUUCACCAUUAGCUUCGCCGAAAGUGUCGCCCAGCCAAAUCCCUAGGGCUGAUAUGUUUGAAAGGAGUGAGACUUUUCCCAGGGAUAGGAGAAACAGCCCAAAGCCACCGUUUUCACCGGCCCAGGAAACUACUCGACCAGACAAGCUAAGUCCUUUGGAUGGUUCAUCCAGAACUCGGUCAAGAUCACGGUCAAACGCAACCCCUACCCUCGUGAAGCAAGAAACCCGUCCCACCGCAUCGCUUCCAAUUCCAAUUCCUUCCAGAAUUGAUAUCCAUGCGCCAGGAGAAAAUCGAAACGCCCCACCGUAUCCUCUCGACGGGAACAGUCCAAUCGCACCGCCUAGAAGUCCAAAACCUUUCUGGCAGCCCCCACCAUUUCAACCUCCCUCCUCUAAUUUGGAAAAGCCUGUUGGUUCCUAUCGUCGAUAUUCUGAAGACAUCGAGAAAGGUAGUAUUCCAGCGCUGCCUCCAUGUCCCCGGAUGGCAUAUACUCGGGGCAGGAACGAUUGGUUGACAUUGCCAAAUUGCCCAUCUUUCGAUAUUUGUCCCUCGUGCUUCAACUCUACAAUCGCUCCGACCGAGUUCCGCGAUCUCUUUGUUCCUGCCCCUCCUAGAUCAUCGAGUGUUGAGGUCAUUUGCGAUUUUGGAAGUUCGCCUUGGUACCGCAUUGCAUGGUUAUUGACUCUUAAGGAAAGAAGGAGAGAUCUGAAACCUUUUUAUGGGCUAGCAAAUAUUUGUGCAAACGAGCAACCUUGUGUUGGCAAGCAGGAAGCCACCAGGAGAUGGCAAUCGGUCAUCGAUCCAAAGACAGGCUCUCCGAUUCGAAAUUUCAACGUAUGUGACAACUGCGUUAAGAGCGUGGAAACAUUGCUACCAUCCACCAGGGGUGUAUUCGUCAGAAAGGAGAGCCAUGGCUCAUCUAGAUCUACACGGAUAUGUGAUUUACGCUUCGAAAGCAAGCGCUUCGUCCAAUACUUUGAUACGUUAGAGGUGACUGCCGACCGCGCUAAUCAACAUGAUACCGAUCCGGAUACGAGAAAUUUUGCUAGCCUUGCAAGGCGGUUCGCGUCAAUAGAUGAAUGUGAAAGCGACAAGGAUCUCAUUGAUCGGAAGUGGCAUGUCAUCACACAGCUUCCUGAGUUCACUGUCUGUGAAGAGUGUUUCGACGAAGUGGUAUGGCCGGAGCUGGAGGAGAGAAAGUCUAUCCCUUUGCUCUUUAAUAAAUCCGUAGCUCGCCUACCGAAAGCAUCCUGUCAGCUGUACUCCCCCAAGAUGAGGGGUAUUUUUAGGACGGCGGUGGAUGCGGAUGAUUACAAGUUACUUGCGAGCAAAGCAAGGGAGAGGAAAACAAUCGAAGUAGCGUAUAAGGCGAAUGUAGCGGAGUUGAAGAGGCAGGAGAGGUUGAAUCCGGCCGCUAUACAGAAGGAGCUUAAGAGGGUGGAGGAGGAGUGGAGGAGAUGGGAAUAG